GCGCGUCUGUUUGAGUUUGAAUGGCAGAGCGCGCACGUGUAUGGGGACCUUCCGCUAAUUUCUGUACCCUAACCCACACACAAACCAUUCUGCAUUUUUUUAGGGUUUUCAUUAAUACACUAUUAAGCUAUUUUUUUUUAUUGAGGGAAAUACUGAGAUGUGCAGGCAAACACUGACUCAUACAUACUGGUAUUUGUUGAUAGACUGUCCAACCGAGCUUCCCAGUGCCCUCAAGCCAGAGAGUCACGGUGGCGCCGACUCUUCAUUUCUGGUAGUCUGCGCUCCCACGGGUCACUCCAAACUCAAGAGAAGGGAAGCAUGGCCGCUUGUAACUUUAACGGAUUGAGAAGCAUUUACCAUCGUAUAUUUAUUAUAGGUCUAUCGGUGCUACUGCUAGUCCAACUACUGGUAAGUUUAACGGUGCCGCGCGCAUCUAGCGACGCGAGCGGGGACGAGCCUGCUUUUCUCGUUAUAAGCAUAGAGAGGAGAGGCGGCUCAGCGUCGUCUGAGGUUAGAAAAAAUGAGCGGGGUUUGGAAAGCGAUGUGUUGGGUCUCUUGACUGACGAGGCUGAGUCGAGACUGACAGGAUACCAGGACGAAAACGAGCUCGAGGGACGCCAGGCCACAGCUAGAGAGCUGAUACUUCAGCCGUGGGCAUCAGAACAACCCUCUUUUUUUUCAGAGUUGCAGCGUCUCACCCAGUUCAUCACCACAACGGAGGUGAACUGCUCUGUAAUGAAGGGUUCAGAUGGGAAUCAAUCAACACUCGCUCCUGGUCACUUAGAUGCUUUGUGCAUCAACCACUGGAAGGGCAAAGGGGGUUGUGUGGCCUACUCAUUCAGUUUGGACAGGAAGGAUGCCGUGUUUUUAGACACGAUGUUGUAUGCGGGGUGUGAGGUUCAUCGGUUUGACCCCAGCGGGCGAGGGAGUCGAGAGCCAGCAUCUAUUAAGUAUCACCGGGCUUGGUUAGACUGGAGAAAUCCACGCCGUCAUGCAGGCCUUGUGGGUAAUGUACAGCACAGGCUGCUCGACAUUAUGGACUCCCUGGGUCACACCAUGGUGGAUGUUCUGCGUAUGGAUUUGGAGAGCGCUGAAUGGCGCAUAUUAGAAAGCUGGAUUAAGGAUGGAAGUCUCAGAAGGAUCAAUCAGCUCAUUCUGACCAUUCAUCUGCAGUGGGCGGGGUUUGAGGUGGGUGGUGCCGAAGAAGAAGUGGUGCGUUUCUGGUACAGUGUAUUGAGAGCCCUCCACAUCUCAGGACUGCAACUCGUGCAUUCGGCACACGGCCCAGGACACAUAGUGCUGAGACACAAACUGGCCGACUCGCACAGCUCGUACACGCUCAGCUGGAUAAGGACAGGCGAGCAGCGCAGAUAACCAGCUGCAGAAUCGCAGCAAAAGACACCUAGAUGCUGUCUUAAACUUGGAGAAGUACUUUAAACUAAAACGGCAUCAUUUGAUGAGGUUGACAUGUUGAAGGCUUACAAUUACACUUCACACUUUUAUGAGAUAAAGUUGCAUAUUUGUGUUAUUUUGUUUCUUUGCACAGACUCAUACGUGCCGUCUAGUGGUCGUGAACGCUACUGCAAUGAUUCCUCUCUGCAUUGUGCGCACAAAUAAAUCUUUGCUGUGAUGAUCCUUUAACAGACACGUUAAAUUAACCUCAUUUUUAUACAACAGGGCUACGUGCAAUAUUUUACAAGUGCACUGUUUUAUAUGAAAUA